GCAGCCGCCGCAGCACCUGAGCCGCUACUGCCGCUCGCUCAGGACAACGCUAUGGCUGAGCCCGGUCACAGCCACCAUCCCUCUGCCAGAGGCAGAGGAAGAACUGAGAGGCGCACACUCCGGCUUCUGUGGCUGCUGCUCUGGGCUGGGACCGCCUUCCAGGUGACCCAGGGAACCGGACCGGAGCUUCAUGCCUGCAAAGAGUCGGAGUACCACUAUGAGUAUACAGCGUGUGACAGCACAGGUUCCAGGUGGAGGGUCGCCGUGCCGCACACCCCAGGCCUGUGCACCAGCCUCCCUGACCCCGUCAAGGGCACCGAGUGCUCCUUCUCUUGCAAUGCCGGGGAGUUUCUGGAUAUGAAGGACCAGUCCUGCAAGCCGUGCGCUGAGGGCCGCUACUCCCUCGGCACGGGCAUCCGGUUCGACGAGUGGGAUGAGCUGCCCCAUGGCUUUGCCAGCCUCUCAGCCAACAUGGAGAUGGAUGAGAGCGCCACAGAGUCCACUGAGAACUGCACUUUGUCCAAGUGGGUUCCCCGGGGCGAUUACAUCGCCUCCAACACGGACGAAUGCACAGCCACACUGAUGUAUGCCGUCAACCUGAAGCAGUCCGGCACUGUUAACUUUGAGUACUACUACCCAGACUCCAGCAUCAUCUUUGAGUUUUUCGUCCAGAAUGACCAGUGCCAGCCCAAUGCAGAUGACUCCAGGUGGAUGAAAACCACGGAGAAAGGAUGGGAAUUCCACAGUGUCGAGCUAAAUCGGGGUAAUAAUGUCCUCUAUUGGAGAACCACAGCCUUCUCAGUGUGGUCCAAAGUUUCCAAGCCUGUUCUUGUGAGAAAUAUUGCCAUAACAGGGGUAGCCUACACUUCAGAAUGCUUCCCCUGCAAACCCGGCACAUACGCAGCCAAGCAGGGCUCCUCUUUCUGCAAACUUUGCCCAGCCAACUCUUACUCAAAUAAAGGAGAAACCUCUUGCCACCCAUGUGACCCUGACAAAUACUCAGAAAAAGGAUCCUCUUCCUGCAAGGUGCGCCCAGCCUGCACAGACAAAGAUUAUUUCUACACACACACCGCCUGUGAUGCCAACGGAGAGACGCAGCUCAUGUAUAAAUGGGCCAAACCGAAAAUCUGUGGUGAGGACCUCGAGGGGGCGGUGAAGCUCCCUGCAUCUGGUGUGAAGACCCGCUGCCCACCCUGCAACCCAGGCUUCUUCAAAACCAACAACAGCACCUGCGAGCCCUGCCCUUAUGGCUCCUACUCCAACGGCUCUGAUUGUGUCCACUGCCCAGCUGGGACUGAACCUGCUGUGGGAUUUGAAUACAAAUGGUGGAACACCCUGCCCACAAACAUGGAAACAACAGUUCUCAGUGGGAUCAACUUUGAGUACAAGGGCCUGACAGGCUGGGAGGUGGCUGGUGAUCACAUUUAUACAGCUGUUGGUGCCUCAGACAAUGACUUCAUGAUUCUCACUCUGGUUGUGCCAGGAUUUAGAUCUCCACAGUCAGUAAUGGCAGACUCAGAGAAUAAAGAGGUGGCCAGGAUCACAUUUGUCUUCGAGACCAUCUGUUCGGUGAACUGUGAGCUCUACUUCAUGGUGGGCAUGAAUUCUAGAACCAACACUCCUGUGGAAACGUGGAAAGGUUCCAAAGGCAAACAGUCCUACACCUACACCAUCGAGGAGAAUGCCACCAUGAGCUUCACCUGGGCUUUCCAGAGGACCACUCUUCAUGAGACCGGCAGAAAGUACACCAAUGAUGUUGCCAAGAUCUACUCCAUCAAUAUCACCAAUGUCAUGGAUGGGGUAGCCUCCUACUGCCGCCCCUGUGCCCUAGAAGCCUCUGACAUGGGCUCCUCCUGCACCUCUUGUCCUGCUGGUUACUAUAUUGACCGAGAUUCUGGAACCUGCCAUUCCUGCCCCACAAACACAAUCCUGAAAGUCCACCAGCCUUAUGGUGCCCAGGCCUGCAUGUCCUGUGGUCCAGGGACCAAGAACAAUCAGAUCCACUCUCUCUGCUACAAUGAUUGCACCUUCUCACGCACCACUCCAUCCAGGAUUUUCAACUACAACUUCUCAGCUUUGGCAAACACCAUCUCUCUGUCUGGAGGGCCAAGCUUCACUUCAAAGGGACUGAAAUAUUUCCAUCACUUUACCCUGAGUAUCUGUGGAAACCAGGGUAAGAAAAUGUCCGUGUGCACUGACAAUGUCACUGACCUCCGAAUUCCUGAAGGCGAGUCAGGUUUCUCCAAAUCCAUCACAGCCUACAUCUGCCAAGCGGUCAUCAUUCCUCCAGAGGUGACAGGUUAUAAGGCUGGGGUGUCCUCACAGCCUGUCAGUCUUGCUGAUCGACUUGUUGGGGUGUCAACAGAUAUGACAAUGGAUGGAAUCACCUCCCCAGCUGAACUUUUCCACCCGGAAACCUCAGGAAUACCGGAUGUGAUCUUCUUUUUUAGGUCCAGUGAUGUCACCCAGUCCUGCAGUUCUGGAAGAUCAACCACUAUCCGUGUCAGAUGCAAUCCAUUGAAAACUUCCUCUGGAAGUCUGUCACUGCCAAGCAUGUGCUCUGAUGGGACCUGCGAUGGCUGUAACUUCCACUUCCUGUGGGAGAGUGUGACUGCUUGUCCACUGUGCUCGGCUGCCGACUACCACACUUUCGUCAGCAGCUGUGUGGCUGGGAUCCAGAAGACUACUUACAUGUGGCGAGAACCAAAGUUAUGCUUUGGUGGCAUCUCCCUGCCUGAGCAGAGAGUCACCAUCUGCAAAACAAUAGAUUUCUGGCUGAAAGUGGGCAUCUCUGCAGGCACUUGUACUGCCAUCCUACUUACUGUCUUGACCUGCUACUUUUGGAAAAAGAAUCAAAAACUAGAGUACAAGUACUCCAAACUGGUGAUGAAUACUACCCUUAAGGACUGUGACCUGCCAGCAGCUGACAGCUGUGCCAUCAUGGAAGGCGAGGACGUAGAAGAUGACCUCAUCUUUACCAGCAAGAAGUCACUCUUUGGGAAGAUCAAAUCAUUUACCUCCAAGCAGCCAGCUCCUGUCACCAUCUCUCUUUCAGAGGACUCCUGAUGGAUUUGACUCAGUGCCAUUGAAGACAUCCUCAGGAGGCCCAGACAUGGACCUGUGAGGGGUGUCACCCUGCCUCACCUGCCUCCUCACUUUGGCACAUCACCUAACAAGCCUGAGGCAAUUUGGGUGCCAGCAUCCUGCAAUACCCACUGCUGGAAAUCUCUUCAUUGUGGCCUUAUCAGAAGAAAUUUGAAU